AUGAAAUUUCAAGUACUUCUCGCAGCCUUAGCGGCAACAACUAUGGCCCAGCCGACUAGUUGUCCAAAGAAAACCAAAUUUUGUGUCGAGACGAACCCUGCCCCGUCCGUUCAGGAGAUGUCAGCACGAUUUGCCGAUUUUGGCCAUGCCUUUCUCGUUGAGAAAGAUGUCGAAAAGGCCUUCAGCCACAUGGUUGCCAAUUAUAUUAACCACAAUCCGCAAGCCCAAAACGGCUCCCAGUGGGCUAUUGACCAACUAAAGCCCAUGUGGUCGGGCACCAACAUCACCGUGCUCCGUAUCGAGUUUAUCUACCCGCAGGGCUGGCUCAAUUACAUCUCCUCCGCAUACGGUACAAUCGUAGACCGCUACAGAUUCGAGGGUGGCUGCAUCGUCGAGCACUGGGAUGCCGGAGAGAAACUGCCGGAUAACUGCACCACCUCAGCUUGAUGAUACCAUGGGCAGGUGCAUGAGCUUUAAUUGUUUUAGCCUUGGCUACAGCCGAAAACUUUCCCAGGCGGUAUGCCCAACGUAACAUCGGAGCUGGCCCUUCUAGCCAAUUUGUUGGUUUAUCUGGAUCCGGCCAUGCACCUAAUUCCGAAGGUCAGGUUUAACAUUCUUUUGUACAUAGCUUCGAAUAGGC